GUGCGCACGUUCAGUCCGCGUCGAGAGUUCUGAUUGGAGGAGAGACGCUCGAGUGUAUCCUGAUUGGCCGAGCGGUCCUAGGGGCGUGUCCGCAGGUGAAGUGCUGCUCUUCUAGUGUACAGGGAAGUGAACACAGUUCAGCAGACAAACAUCUCACGUUGGGCGUCAUUAUACAUUUAUAAACUGGCAGAUGUGGUUUUAUUAGCAGGGAGGAAUGAGCACACUGACCAAGAGGAGCCGGCGCUCUGAGGCUCCAGCGGAACGAUGGAGUAACGCUGAGGAGAAAACAGAAGGCACGGAUGAGGAACAGGACACUGACUCCAAAUCACUGAGACUCACUCUGAUGGAGGAGAUUCUGCUGCUGGGGCUCAAAGAUAAAGAGGGCUACACGUCGUUCUGGAACGACAGCAUCUCGUCAGGCCUGCGCGGCUGCAUUCUGGUGGAGCUGGCGCUGAGAGGACGCGUUCAGCUCGAACCGCAGAGCUCACGCAAGAGAAAACUACUGGACCGCAAGGUGUUGGUGAAGUCCUCCGCUCCCACUGGUGAUGUGCUGCUGGAUGAAGCACUGAAGCACAUUAAGAACACUGAACCACCGGAGGACGUGGCCAGCUGGAUCGAGCUUCUCACAGGCGAGACGUGGAACCCCUUAAAGCUGCACUUCCAGAUGCGUAACGUGCGCGAGCGUCUGGCGAAGAGUCUGGUGGAGAAGGGCGUCCUGAGCACGGAGAAGCAGAACUUCCUGCUGUUCGACAUGACCACGCACCCGCUGACAGACAGCAGCGAGAAGGAGCGUCUGGUGCAGCGUCUGCAGGACAGUCUGCUGGAGCGCUGGACCAACGACUGGCGCCGCAUGAGCCGCCGCAUGCUAGCGCUGAUCCUGCUAGCGCACGCCGCAGACGUGCUGGAGAACACACUGUCCUCGCUGAGCGAAGAGCGCUACGACAUGGUCUGCUUGCGCUCACGCAGCCUGCUGGAGGCCAAUCCCGACCUGGAGAGUGCAAAGGUCACGACCCCCGCCGAGGAGGUGAUCUGGGCCGUGCUGGCGGCCUUCAACAGAUCCUGAAAGAACGCUCUUCAUAGACGUGACGCCUCCUAAGUGUGCUCUACAAAGACAGCAGCGUGAAGCGCAGGCUUGUGUUCGACGCCACACGAUGCCAGGGUUAUUAUCGGUAGCUAAAGCAUAAAACAAACAUGUUUUCAGUUUUGUAUUCUAAACAUUGUUUUCCACUUUGGCUUAAUUUUAGUACUUCAUCUUAUUUAAUUUCAG